AUGAAGCUCGUUCGAUUUCUUAUGAAAUGCGCCAAUGAGACGGUGACGAUUGAGUUGAAGAAUGGGACAAUCCUCCACGGCACCAUCAUCUCUGUCUCCCCGCAGAUGAACACCGCUCUCCGCACCGUCAAGAUGACACCCAAGGGCCGCGAUCCCAUCUCCCUAGACACGAUCAACGUCCGCGGCUCCACGAUCCGGUACUUCAUCCUCCCCGACAGCUUGCCCCUCGACACCCUGCUUGUGGACGACCAGCCGAAGCCCAAGAACAAGGCGCGUAAGGAGACGGACCGCGGCCGCGGCCGUGGCGGCGGUGGUGGUGGACGGGGCGGCAGAGGUCGUGGCCGGGGUCGGGGACGCGGUCGGGGUUUCUAG